AACAGUGGCGGCGGUGUGGUGGUGUAAUGGUGGUGGUGUAAUGUCGGGUUGUCCGGGGAGGUGUGAAGGUUAAAGGAGGCGGCGCAAAAACAACCUCUAUGGAAACCAGUAAACUAAGGAAGGUUCACUGGUGAGGAGAGAUCCCGAGUGUUCAUCACUGCUUCGUUUAACGCUUCUGUGGGAUCCUGUAGACGGAGUGUUUUACAUGUGAUGCUGGAAUGCCUCUUAGAGAGACAAUUGGAAGUAAGAUGGAGACCAAGCGGAGCUCAUGGACACCACUCAACCACCACCUGUCCAACAGCCAUGUAUUUGAAGAGAGGAGAAAUCUUGUUGGCAAGUGGUUUGAUAUGUGGUCUGAUAGCCAGAGAAAGCAGGUGCUACAAGACUUCUUUUGCCGUUGCUCCAUGGCCCAGAUGAAGUAUAUUAGACAGACGCUGUGCAUGCAGGUGCCUGAUGAAGCUCUUGACUUUACCAGUGUUCUGCCCAGGGUCAUAUCUCUGUAUAUCUUCUCAUUCCUUGACCCAAGAAGCCUCUGUAGGUGUGCACAGGUCAGCUGGCACUGGAAGAGCCUGGCGGAGCUGGAUCAACUCUGGAUGCCAAAAUGCCUGAGACUGGGUUGGUGUAUAACUUUCACUCCAACACCGUUUGAGCAAGGUGUGUGGAAGAGGCACUAUGUAGAGACAGUGCAGGAGCUUCAUGUAAGCCGACCCAAGUCCCUCGUGAAGGAGGAAUUCCAGGUCCCUGAGGUGAAGGUGAUCAGCAGUGCGUCUGAGGAGCCGAAUCUGGAGAAUAGAGAAUCGAAACCCAGUGUGCUGAGUCAACAUGGGCGGAGUUUACAAGCGAAAGGUCCUCCUCCGUGGAGAGACUCAGACAGACACCCCACUGACACAAUACGCUUUAACUACUUAGACAACCUCGAUCCGAUUGAGCAUACAAGACAAGUACAAGCAAGAGGCAGAAAGACGAAUCCCAACACAGCACGAGAAAGCACACCCAAGAAAGCCCUGUCUGCUUCAUCAUACAAAGUCUGCAAGGCCAAGUCAAUGAUAUUUUCACCGCUGGAGCUCAGUGCAGACAGCAGGAAAAGGCAGAGCAGGCCACAGUGGGCAACGCAGGACCUUGUACCGUUCUCCAGUCAAGACUCGGAAAAGAAGAUGUGUUCAAUCCAGUGGAAUUCUGGGAUACGUCCAGGUCCAGUAAGGACUCCUGUUCCCAGACUGAGCAAGAAGAGUCUCCAAGCUUCACUCAGAUCCCACAUGAGCACUCCAAUUGAGGAAUAUAGAUAACCACUUUAUACAGUGCUACUGGCUAAAGGACAGACAGACUUGGAACAAACCAGCCUGCAAUAAAGCUGGCACUGUCUUUCAUCUGGUGGACAACAUGAG